UGGGAUACUUCCAACCCGAAGAAGAAUAAAGGAAUUAAUAAUUAGGACGUGGCAUGAUUUCAAUUGGUGAGGAGUUAGUUUAUGCUAGCUUUUUAAUAUCUUGAUUAUGUGUGCUUUAAACUCUGGUUAAGUUUGUAUACUAAUUGUAUGUUUUGGUUGUUUGCCUUAUAUUUCUUAUAGUCAUGCAUGUUAGCAGCAAAGGGAACACUGCUCAUUUCUUUGAAGGAGUCUUUGUUGAAGGUGAAGUCUUAUUUUAAGAAUUUUGGUCUGCUGACAACAAGAGCCAGUAUCAUGAUAUGGAACAGCAAAGAUUGCGGCUCUUUGGAAAUUUUGUUUAGUUUGUGGUGGAGCACUGACAUUCCUGAAACGCCUAUAUAUAAGUUAUCGUUGGCCAUCCCCCCACGUCAAUCACCUCUUUCAAUCGAUUUUUCCUAUGGGGUGAACGACAUUGCCGAAGUCAUGACGUGCCUCUGAUGUCCUUGCAUUCACGACCUCUCUUACAAACGAAGAAACAGGUUGAAGUGAUUCAGGCGACGAUUAUGGUGGUUUGUUUUUUUGCUCAAUUUUGCCUAUGGCGUUGCCUAGAGGCGAUUGACGUGGUUGGCCCAGCAAGACCACCAGCUGCAACGACUACACCUACAGGUUUUGGUGCAAUCGCCUUUUCCUUCCUUCAUCAAUCUCUGGUAGAAUUGGUUUACAAUACUUCCUCUCUACUGCUGCUCCCGUUCGUCAUCGCCCAAGCAAAGAUAUACUGCCUCCCUUUGAAGUAAAUCACUCACACAUUACAGAAGGUAAAUAAAUAGGCAAAAACAAACCACGUUUUUUAUGCAUAACUCUGAAUCUAAAGGCAGUCAGAUUCACUGGAUGGCGUCCAACACACAAUUUUUAUUUGUAUUUGAGUUUCUUCUGCUUAGCUGCAAUCGAGUUACUGGUUUUUCACAUGACGAGUUCGACCUGGCUACAGUUAAUGGUGUAACGCCAGGUUUGUAAAUUUCCUACAAAUUACUCGCAAUUAAGAUGCAUCAUUAUUUGAGUUUUUCCGCCUGCCCAUGUUGUCAUUUAUUUGAGAUUUUCUACCUGCCUAGGUUGAUUUUCUUCCUUUGUUUGUAAUAUUUAGGGAUGCUCCUGAGAAACUGGUGUGAGCAUAUAGUGAGGCAGAGGUGAGAUACGUAGAUAUAAGCAUGGCGUCUUCCCAAUGUGGUUCAUUGAGGAACAUUACUGAAAGAUAAAUCCCUGUCGAAAGUGUGACACGUGAGUCUGGAGUUUGUAUGAGUAAGCCUGUUCUCCCAUAGUAAACUUAAUUUCUGGUG